CGGCGCAAGCAUCAUGCAAGAUGGGCUGCUGUUUUUCUCGAUCGAAUAACGACGAAGGCUCGUCACAUGUAACUGUGACACAAGAGUCCUAUGCGGAUCAUGCGAGACACUCGGAGCAUUCGGCAAACAACCAGAAUCCAAAUGAGGCCCCGCGUCGUCAGUCUCAGUCAAGACGAGUGAGAAAUCAUCAAGGACCGCCAUUGCCAUUAGAUCAGCAUUACAACCAGCCCAUCCGUCUGCAUGUAUGGCGUAGCAAACGACGCACGUGGACGCCUGCACAGCUUGCAAAAGAACGGGAGGAGUUCUGGGAUACUAGGGUUACGGGGCGAUCAGAAAUAUGGGAUGCUCUGCGUGCUGCGAUCUCGCUUUUAUGCGGCGGAGAGACAGACACUGCGCAAGGUAUCAUUGAUGCUGCUGGUAUAACUGUGCCCACGGGAGAUUUCUGUGAAGGCUGCUAUGACGAAAAUGGAGUCUUGUAUCGGCUGCCUCAAUGUAUUGUCAGUGACCCGGAGAAUAUGGUAGACGAUUCAUUUUUGCGUGCUCAAGACGAUGAGCCAGGUGACGAUGUGGACGACGAUGCAAUAUCUGACCCAAAAAUCAUACCGGAAGAGUCAGAUGAUGAGCUCAUACCCGAUGACCUCGAAAGACGACGGGAGGAGAAAGGAAAAAUGAGUGAGCGUGAUAUGAUCAAGGUGCGGGCACGGCUUAGUGAUCGAGGAGGGCCUGACGUGACGGUGUCCAUCAGCAAGACCCAAACGGUCGGUAUGUUAGCUCGACGAAUACAGAGUGAAGCUAGCGUGCCCAGUUUUCAGCGCGUUCGUAUUGCAUACCUUGGUCGAAUGCUCAAGGAACACGAGCCUUUACUUGAUCAAGGAUGGAACCAAAGCAACAUAAUCAAUGCAUUGGUCGUCUCUAGAUCGUCUCUGUGAUGCAGCCCACAUUUACUAAAUGUGCGAUCUCGUUCACAUCUUACCUUGCCACUCUCUCAUAGCAUCUUUUUUUUAUCGGAGUUAAAUCUGUUUUUUGCACAAUACCCCUACUGUUGUUUUCCAUUAUCUUCAAUCAAGGCUCUUGUUCUUCAUUAUCGUCCUAGUUUUGUCUGAUGCAUCCACAGUGGCGUUGCUCGUCUGAUUUCCUUUGAAACUGAAUGUCGUAUCUUUGCUUCACGUAACAAUUGAAUGAUGUAUGGUGUGGAUAAUUAAAACUAGGAAAAUUUCUGAGAGAAUCUCACAUAGCCAUGCAAGCCUUUUCAACCAAGACCAUAAGUUGAACAAAUCCCAGAGACAACCUGGGAGUCACAACUUUGAAGACUUGUAAAUAUUCAUGCAUUGACCAAUGAAAUGCCAUAUGGCCUGUCUCAAGGCGGUGAAGGGCGGAGCGGAGCUUCUAAGGCGGAAGAAAAAAAAGUUGCGGCAAUUAGUAUGA